AUGACCCCCCCGACCUUCGCACGGCUCCCUCUACACAUCCGUACACUCAACGCGGGGGGCCUCAACAUCCCCAAACACCGCACUAGAUUGCUGUGGGAACUGUCGUCAUCCCGGACGUCAGUUGCAAUGAUACAGGAGACACACUUCAAGUUAGGCUCAGAACAAGCACUUAAAGACAGGAGGUUCCCUAGUGUCUACUUCGCAUCGCACCCUCUGGGUAAGAAAGCCGGAGUGGCAAUACUGUUCUCGCAAGGGACCCCGUUCGUCGUCUUGGAUCAAAAGACGGACCCGGAGGGACGAUACCUUUUUGUGAAAGGGCAAAUCAACUCGCAGAUCUACACCUUCGCCACGAUAUAUGCCCCUAUCUCCCGCCAUCGCAUAUUCAUCACAAAGACGCUGCGGCUGCUGGCAAACGUCUCGGAGGGGCUACUGAUAUUGGGAGGUGACCUCAAUGCAUCAUUGGACCCUUCCAUGGACACGUCCAGGAGAAGGAGUGCGAUCACAUAUCCAUGUAUUUGA